AGCUGCGCUCAUCCCACAACAGCGCCACCAUCUCUCCACAGCCUGUUUUUGGUGGGAGACUCCUCUCUGGCAGAGAACGGGUUAAGGAGUUCAUAGGGUCCAGAUCGAUGCCUCCUCUCCCACUCGUCGCCAUGAACAAAUGAAUUCGCGGGGAAUUAAAUAUCAAUUUCGCAAAGGAGAACGAGUCCUGUGCUUCGAACCCGACCCCUCCAAAGCUAAAGUGUUGUACGACGCUAAGGUCAUUGAUGUCUUGAUAGGUACAGAUGACCAUGGAAGACUAAUCCCAAAGUACCUGAUUCACUUCAACGGCUGGAACAGAAGUUGGGAUCGUUGGGCUGCAGAGGAUCAUGUCCUAAGAGACACUGAGGAAAGCCGUGAAUUGCAACGUAAACUGGCUCGCAAAGCUCUAGGUCGCAUGAAGAGAAAAGGAUGGUCGAAGAGGCGGCGACGUCAGUCUGGUACUAAAUCUUCUCUGAAGACUCUCCCUAAGGAGGACGACAGUGACGACCCAUGUUUGAUUUCGUCUUCAGAGAGCAGUGACGGGGACGACUCUGACCCUGAAUCUUCAAAUAGUGGGGAGAGCACUUUCUCUGAGGAUAUCAACAAAAUGAGGGUUGAACCAGACGUCAAUGUUAAGAGGGAAUGUGAGGAGAAGAUUGUCCAUAUUGACAUCGGCAUCCCGGAUGUACUGAAGAAGAAACUGGAGGACGACUGUUUCUACAUCAACAAGAGGAAAAAGCUGGUGAUGGUGCCCUGUCAGAUGAAUGUUGUGCACAUCCUGGAGUCUUACGUGAAACACUUUGCCAUCAACAAAGCAUUCAUGGCCAAUGAGCGGUUCCGGCGGCAGCAGAACACCACGCAGAGCAGCAGUCCACAAGCAAUCCCCCCAGAAAAGAGCGAGGAGCUGUGUAAGGAGAUGGUUGACGGCUUGAGGAUUACGUUUGACUUCACCUUACCCAUGAUCCUCCUCUACCCCAGUGAACAAGCUCAGUUCAAAAAGGUCAGCUCGUCUAGGGUCUGUCUGGCCACGAACGAAGGCUCCCCCUGCUCCAGCAACACCCAACGAGAGCGUAGCCCCAGCCCGUUGGGACACAACCCCCCGACUCCUCAAUCCACAGACAGCCAGCCGGCACUGAGCGACAUCUCUGCCACCACACCCACUGCCCCAGCCCCUGCCCCUGCCCCAAAGCGCCGGCGCCACCCUGACAUGGACUGUAUCUCGUACCAGUCCCAGUCACUCAGACGCUCCACCAGGAACACGUCCGGAGGUGACCGGCCAGCUGAGGGAAGCAGCGGAGGUGGAGGCAGUGCCACAGCGUCCCCACAGCUCAAACAUCGUUUGAUUGACACGUCGUCCCAACCCAAGUUCUUCCUCAACCUCGACAGAAAAACCCCAGUGCACAGUGGCUCAUCUUCCCCAUUGCCCUCGACGCCAAGCAAAGAGCGAAGCGGGCUGUUCUAUGGAAUGGAGAGCCGGAGAAACAAUGAGCUUAAUGAGGUGCUAAGUUGGAAGCUGACUCCUGACAACUACCCUCUGACUGACCAACCUCCUCCACCGUCCUACCUGUACGGAUCACAGCACCUGUUGCGGCUUUUUGUAAAGCUCCCUGAGAUCCUGGGAAAGAUGCAGAUCCCUGAGAGGAAUCUCCGAGCCUUGGUCAAACAUUUGGAACUCUUUCUAAGGUUUCUGGCAGAGUUCCACGAGGAUUUUUUUCCUGAGUCUGCAUAUGUGUCAGCGUCAGAGGCCCACUACAGCAUGAAACAGCCGAGGCCCAUUUACUGAAAGAGACAUUAGUCGUUUGUGUUUCCUUCCCUUGUCGUUUGUACCCUUCCUACCCCUUCAGCUUUGUCAAGACUGUCCCGACUGGGCUCGUGCACAGAAGGAUAAUAGCGGCUUCCUCCCUUUUUCUCCUCCUCUGGCACUAACAUUAGUUUUCCUCCAGUUGCCUUGUGGGGGGAAAAAAACCUUGCCUCUACCGUAACUAACCCCGGCCUGUUCUCUCUUCCUGGUUGUCGUGCAUGUGAAGCCACCCUGCGCCGCUUUGAUUCAGUGCCCCGCUCCGAGGCACGUUGAGUGCUGUGUGUUGGCAACCUUUCUGUGGGACGCGUAUACAAUUAUAUGUUUUAGCAGGCAGCUACUACUGAGCCCCCCUUUCCAAACCUCUCCCCGUCGUCAGUUUCCUUUUAUUUACCUGACCUACAUCUCUCAAGACCAGCUGGAAAGUUCUUCAGCCUCUCAGAUUUUAGAGGCCGACCAUAACAAAACGGUUCUCAAUCACUCCGAUGUGGAAAUAGACACAAUCACUGCUACUUUGCAAAGCCUGCCUAACAAACUAACUUUGGAUUCUCUUUGGGACGUCCUCUGCUGUUUUGCCCGCGUGCAAGCUUGUUCCCCUCCUUAAUGUCGCGACUUCCUGUAAGUGCUUCUCGUGCAGCGCCGCCACGGAUCCCGCUCUGGAACCGAUUCCUCUAAAGCUGCAGUAGGACUUGCGCUUCCCCUCCUGGAGAUGCUUCUCUUCUUUCGCUGAGCAAAUCUCAAUUUCGCAGACUCUUGGAAAUGACAACUUUGUUGAAUGGUCCAGUUUUUUUUUUGUUGUUAAAUGUUGAUAUAUUUCUGUUUCUUGCUUUGUCUUCCUUUCUGAUGUUUUCAUGUAAAUGUCUGAUGUCACUGAGCUUUGUAUUUGUUCCUCUCACUGUAGUUCCCUUCUGACAGGAAGAAUACGUUGCUGUGGAGAAAAUCACACAAACAAUAUCACAGCAACGUGUCUAUUAAUAAAGCUAUAUCUUGUUGUUGGCUGUUAGUUUUUGACGGCGUUACUUGGAUUGUUUUAGGCUCAGUUCAAUGAGUAACUGAUUUGUUGAACAAUCUCUCACCAAAAGCAAAUUUACGCUGUUUGAUGCGGAAACGUCUGAUGCACUUUGCUAAAACAUUUUAGAAGAAAAAAAGCGGUGACUCUGAUUCCUCCCCAUGAUGUUGUGAACAUGUAACACCUGUCGGAUCAGUAUUUUAUUUAUUUUUCUACUCACACCACUGGAUCACUUCGUUUGCGUGUUGUUUGAUAAAUUGGUUAUUAAAUACUUGACGAGGCCCAAAAUACACAAUUUUUUUGUCUCAGCAGUUUGUACAUACAAUCAUAUAAAUAACUGGUUUGUAACACUUGAAGGGUUAAUGCAGUGUUACUGUAUGGAGUUGAGGUCCCAGAGUAAUUUUUUGCAUUUCAUUUCAAUAACUUCAAUUUAUUUCUGUAAAUGUUUUCCUCUGUAUCCUUAUCGUCUUCUUUGUGGAGAGACGAUAUGUAAAUAAAGACUUUCAAAAACU